AUGGACGCGCCACUGUCGCGACAUCCAGACCUGUACACUCCCUUGCCGACAGCGACAUCGAUCCGCGUCAUCGAGCUUCACCCAGUACAGAAAGACGACCAACCUAUCACAUGCACACUCCACCUGACUGAUCUUGAGCACAAUACCCCGAAGUUCCACGCGUUGUCUUACACUUGGGGCGACCCACUGUAUCGGUACUGGUUCGACGAAGGAAAGUCCACAACAUGGGUGCAGGAAGUGAUCAUCAUCUGCAAUGGACUGCGCGUCAAUGUUACGGCCAACUUGGAGUGCGCGCUCAGGGCUAUCUGCAAGGACAAAUUAUGUGUCAAUCAAGACGAUGUUCAAGAGCGAAAUACGCAGGUUGGCUUGAUGGCUCGGAUCUAUAGCCAAGCUUCAUUGGUCAUAUCGUGGCUGGGCCCUGCGGAUGAGGAUAGUGAGCAAGCUAUACCAAUCAUGCGGCGCCUCAACAAACUGCAAUGUUUCGACGAUAUGGAAGAGGAUCAGCAAUGCUCAAUUUACACAGACUUCAUGAAGAAGGCGUUGGAAGAUGACGACAAAGCAAAAGUCGACUCGAUCUCUGCCAAAGACUUUGAAAGCUUGACGCGUUUUCUCGCAAGAAAGUAUUUCUUUCGCUGCUGGGUACUUCAGGAAGUCAUGCUUGCUCGACACAUCCGUAUGUUGUGCGGUACGGACAUCUUGGACUUUUCAGAACUUCGAAGAGUCGCGCUAUUGGUUGCAUGGAUCAAGGAGCAUCGGUUUCACGAAACAGUUGGGCAAGCACUGACUCUCCCCGUCAAAAACAAUCGUCACUACGACCAUGAAAAGGCCAUUCUGGAGCUAUUCCACAAUCGAUGGCGAUUGCUGAACCCGCCUACAACGCAAGAGAAGACAUUGCCUUUCACUUUUGCGCAACUCCUGGCUUUGGCCCGCAUGACCGGGUGCGAAGAUCCCAAAGACAAGGUCUUCGCGUUAUUAGGCAUAGUACCUCGCGGGGCUUUUGGGCUAACUGCCGAUUACGGUAAGAGCCCAGAGCAGGUCUAUAUCGAAGCGCUGCGUUGUCUCAUUGAUGAGACGAAGAACCUCAACUGCCUGAGUUGGGUUACCGACCUAUCGGAUAUCCAACUUGGGUCGGAGAGUUUGAAGACAUGGCCUAUCAAUCAGAGCUCGCCUCCGCAAGCGUGGGCUACAAUGCCACCUCGGGGUCGAGAUUGGACGCCUUGA